GCUAGGCCGCCACCCCCGCGGGCACGAGAAGAGGAAGGUGGCGUGCUGCGCGCUGCGCGCAUUACAGUAUCAGUCGGUCGGCGAGCCCAGCCUGGGCGUGGACGCGGCCGGUACCCCGCGCCGCGGCGUCUGCCUGGUCAUUUCCUGGACGUGGGAGGCGGCAGUGUUGCACAGCUUGAGCCAUGGACUCUCAGGUCAGCAACGGCUCAGGCCUGGAGGCUGAGCACAUCACAGACCUGCUGGUGUUUGGCUUUCUCCAAAGCUCGAAGUAUAAUUUCCACCAAGAACUGGAGGCACUGAGUCAGGAACUGCCUGUGGAAGUUUACCUGGAUGCAGACUUGGAGGACGAGCUGCAGACCGACGGCAGCCGGGCCAGCCGGGCCAGCCGCGCCUUCUACCAGGGAAGAACAGAGCCAGAUUCUGAAAGUCAGGAAGAAAUCAUCCAGAACAUUGCCAGGCAUCUCGCCCAAGUAGGCGAUGAGAUGGACCACAGCAUCCAGCCCACACUCGUGAGACAUCUGGCGGCCCAGUUCAUGAACGUCAGCCUCUCAGAGGAAGACAGAAGGAACUGCCUGGCCAAAGCCCUUGACGAGGUGAAGACGGCCUUCCCUAGAGACAUGGAGAACGAAAAGGCCAUGCUGAUAAUGACGUUGCUGUUGGCCAGAAACGUGGCCAGUCAUGCGCCGUCCUUGCUCCCUGAUGUCUUCCGCACGACAGUGAACUUUAUUAACCAGAAUUUAUUCGCCUAUGUGAGGAACUUGGUUAGAAAUGGGAUGGACUGAAGGAUACCUGCAGAAGCGUGACUGGCUGGAACCCAACAUGGCAAGAGCGUGAAGCUGCCUCCCAAGGCACCGUAGCCAUGUAAACAGAUGUCGGAGUGAGGACAGGUCUCUAUUUUCAGGACGGUGUUUUGUGCUGGUGACUCACUUAAGAUUUCUACAUUGAGGUAGCCUAAUGAAGAUGCCAGCUUGCUUGUAUCUGAAGGGCUUACGCCAGCUCCUGCACCCACACCAUGUACCUUUAUUUUAUCAGCUGUACGGGUUCCUACUUGGAAAUUAAAUUUAAAAGCAGGUUGUAAGGCAGAAAAAUUUAUUUGUAAUGUGAAGUUACUAUUCACGAGGCCAGCUUCGGGACGUUGUCUUGCCUAUGCAGGUGGGCUUUUGUUUCAGAACAGUGUUAGGAGGGGUGCCCUGGCCCAGGAGUGAGAGAAUUCCACCCAGUGCAGGGGGCGUCUCAGUGCUUAGAAGGCCACAGCCUUCCUUUAUAAAAUGCAACGAGGUUUGAGACUUGGAUUCUGUUCUCAAAUCAUGGGACGUGCUAGACAGCCCUCCCGCCAUACCCAUACCCAAGGGCUUAGCUGUUUCAGGGGCUGUUUCCUAAAGCGUCCUACCCCAGUGGGAACAAACUGAGUUGUGUACACACCUCACCUGUGUGACAUCACUCAUGCCAUUAGGGAGCACAUCACACAAGGAACAACUCAAGUACCAGAGUCAACCAAAAGAGGAGGAGAGAGGUCUAAACAGCCAGUAAUCACCCGCCAUGUGCACACAGGUCACCAUCUCAGUCAGGCUCACAGAGGCCGUGUCUAGUCCCCGCUGAUAGAGUCUCUUGGUUGUAAAGCAAAAUCGCCAUCCUCUCCCCUGGGCCAGCAUUCUAGAAAGAUUCCAGUAUCAAAGCCAAAUGUCCCCUUUUUGCUUUUGUAUUUCAGAGACAAGGUCUGACUGUGUACCCAUCCUCAAACGCAGGGUGACUCUGAUAACUUUCAUAAUGCAGGGAUUGCAGGCGUGAACCUCCACUACCCACUAAGUGUUUCAAUCUUGAAUUCAUCCCCACCAGGACGGCUUGGUGGAUCAUGGAAAUGGGUGGAUUUUUCUUUAGUAACACGAUCCUUGUGUGGGUGUAAGUGACAGAUGAUUUUAAUUCAGUCUUUUCAUUCUGUUCUAAAAAUAUGUGAAUUGAUUAAGUGAUAGAAACUUGUUUCUUUAAAAUAAAAGGCUUUCUUCUCUAAAA